AUGCCCGCUGUCCAGUCAGACGAUCCAAUGUCUGACCCAGUGCCCGUGGUCAUACCAGUUGACUCGGAGCCCACUGCCUUGCCAGAUGACGCGGUGCUCGCGGUCGAGCCAAAUGACCUGAUGCCUGGUGACCCGAUGCCCGCUGUCCGGUCAGACGAUCCAAUGUCUGACCCAGUGCCCGCGGUCAUACCAGUUGACUCGGAGCCCACUGCCUUGCCAGAUGACACGGUGCCCGCUGUCGAGCCAAAUGACCUGAUGCCUGGUGACCCGAUGCCCGCUGUCCAGCCAGACGAUCCAAUGUCUGACCUAGUGCCAGCGGUCAUGCCAGUGGACUCGGAGCCCACUGUCGUGCCUGGUGACUCGGUGCCCGCUGCUCCGCCUGGGGGCCCGAGACCUGUCGCUCCGCCUGGGGGUCCAGCGCCCGCCGCUCCACCUGGGGGUCCGGCGCCCGCCGCCGCCCCGCCUGGGGGCCCGAGACCUGUCGCUCCACCUGGGGGCCCGAGACCUGUCGCUCCACCUGGGGGUCCGGCGCCCGCCGCUCCGCCUGAGGGCCCGAGACCUGUCGCUCCACCUGGGGGUCUGGCGCCCGCCGCUCCGCCUGAGGGCCCGAGACCUGUCGCUCCACCUGGGGGUCCGGCGCCCGCCACUCCGCCUGAGGGCCCGAGACCUGUAGUUCCGCCUGGGGGUCCAGCGCCCGCC